AUGGAGAACUCAGGCAGUAACCUGGACUCUCAGACAGAGUCUGUUGAAGAACAAGCAAAUGGAAAAAAUGUUUAUAUUAUUAUGCAGGAUUUUGGCGACACAGACCAAGGGUCACCACUACCUCAGCAGCUACAUUCAAGCUCCUCCAACUCCAUCAUUAGCCAUGUGAUGACAUUUGCACCCUCCACUUUGGAAUCACUGACCGGCUCCUCCAGGCUCAUGCCUCCUCCAACAUCCAGAGAUAGGAAAAUUGAGAUACAAGAUGAUUCUGUCCUGGACUCUGACGGAGAGAACAGUAUGGGAGCCUGCCUAAUCUGUGGAGACAAAGCUUCUGGUUAUCAUUACUCUGUGUAUUCCUGUGAGGGCUGUAAAGGCUUCUUCAAGCGUUCUGUGCAGAAGAACCUGCAGUACUGCUGUAAGGAGCAGGCCAUGUGUUACAUCAACAAGUUCUCCAGGAACUCUUGCCAGUUUUGUCGCUUCCAGAAGUGCCUCAGUAUGGGCAUGAGGCGAGAUGCUGUGAGGGAAGACAGGUCUCCAGGAGGUAAACACAGACACAAGCGACCCCGCUUGGAUGACCCAGGGCUGGUGUCCCCCUCCGAUGGAGAGACUUCACCCCCUCCUCAGACAGACACAGACAGGACCACCUUGGACCCUCUCCGAGACAGCUUGCUGGCUGCUAAACCUCAUCUCUACCCCAAAGCUGAAAACUCCACAGACAGGAACGAAGCAAUAUCUGUUACUGAGCUGAUGCAUUAUGGGUAUUUAGAGCUUCGUUACAUUAUUGAGUGGGCAAAGAAAGUACCAGGUUUUGCCGAUCUGGACUUCUCUGACCAGAUGGCCUUAUUGAAAUCUUCCUUCAUGGAGUUAAAUGUCCUGCGGUUAUCUUACAGAUCUAUGGGUCUGGAUAACAAAAUCAAGUUUUGUGAAGACAUCAUCCUUCCCCUGGAGUAUUGUGAGAGUGUGGGCUGGGGGAAAGAACUCGUCGACGGCACCAUUGACUUUGCUCAAAGGUUGAAGGAGAUCAGUUUGGACCUGACAGAGUUCUGCGUGCUCAAUGGGAUUGUUCUCAUGUACCCUGAUGCACAUGGCAUUCAGGACAAAACCAAAAUUGCUGAGAUGCAGUCAAAGAUUCUGGAAUGUCUCCGGCGGCAUAUUUUACACGAAUACCCACAUGAUGUUAAGAGACUCGGAAAGAUCCUACUGCGACUGCCUGCCUUGAGAACUGUUAGUGCAAAAGCUGCUGAAAGGUUUCUCUCCAUGACAUUUGAUGGUUCCAUUCAGCUAAAUGAACUGGUUUUAGAGAUGAUGAAUUGA